CUACAACUUGUUUUGGUCCGUUUUCGUGGCAUAGCUGAAAACCUAACGCUGUCUAGUGGUAUCAGUUAGCUUAGCAUUGGUCUCAAGCCCAUCCUCUUCUGAGCCUUUUUGAACGGCAGAAGUUUGUAACUGUGCUCCCUGGUUUCUUUGACAGCAACACCCUCAAAAUGUCAAUCCUAGGAUUAAAGAAGAAACAGCCAAAGACUUUCAAAGUCAAAGUUAUCACCAUGGAUGCUGAAAUGGAGUUCAGCUGUGAGGUGAAGUGGAAAGGUAAAGACCUGUUUGACCUGGUGUGUCGCACUGUUGGUUUGAGGGAGACCUGGUUCUUUGGACUGAGGUACACAGUAAAAGACACCUAUGCCUGGCUAAAACAAGAGAAAAGGGUCUUGGACCAGGAGGUCCCCAAGGACUCUCCCAUAACAUUUCAUUUCCUGGCUAAAUUCUUCCCAGAAAAAGUAGAAGAAGAGCUGGUCCAAGAAAUAACUCAGCACCUCUUCUUCUUACAGGUGAAAAAACAAAUAUUAGAUGAAGAGAUAUUCUGUUCCCCCGAAGCAUCUGUUCUGCUGGCAUCAUAUGCUGUCCAAGCCAAGUAUGGGGACUAUGACCCAAACUUUCACAAGCCAGGCUUCUUGGCACAAGAUGAGCUUUUGCCAAAAAGAGUUUUGAUGCAAUACCAAAUGACAGCGGACAUGUGGGAGGAGAAGAUCACAGCUUGGUAUGCAGAGCACAGAGGCAUCGCCAGGGACGAAGCUGAAAUGGAAUACCUGAAAAUCGCCCAGGACCUUGAGAUGUACGGUGUCAGCUACUUUGCCAUUACUCAAAAUAAGAGGGACACAGAGCUGUUACUUGGAGUGGAUGCUCAGGGUCUUCACAUCUACAGCCCCAACAGCAAACUCAACCCUAACAAGUCCUUUCCUUGGAGCGGCAUCCGCAACAUCUCUUACAGUGAAAAGGAGUUCACAAUCAAACCCCUGGACAAGAAGAAAGAUGUUUUCAAGUUCUACUCAUCUCAACUGCGUGUCAACAAGCUGAUCCUGCAGUUAUGCAUUGGUAACCAUGAUCUAUUCAUGAGGAGGAGGAAGGUGGACUCCAUUGAAGUGCAGCAGAUGAAGGCUCAAGCUAAAGAGGAGAAGGCUCGCAAGAAGAUGGAGCGUCAAAUCCUGGCCCGGGAAAAACAAAUGAGGGAGGAAGCAGAACGAGCAAAAGAAGAGAUGGAACGAAGACUUUUCCAGCUGCAGGACGAGGCACGACUGGCCAACGAGGCACUGCUGCGAUCUGAGGAGACAGCGGACCUGCUGGCAGAGAAGGCCCAGAUUGCUGAGGAGGAGGCCAAACUGUUGGCCCACAAGGCUGCAGAAGCUGAGCAGGACAGGCAGAGGUUAGAGGUCACUGCCAUGAAGACCAAGGAGGAGAAAAGGCUGAUGGAGCAGAAGAUGAGGGAGGCAGAGCAGCUGGCUGUCAAACUGGUGGAGCAGUCCGAGAGGAGGUUGAAGGAGGCAGAUCACCUGAAACAAGACCUGACGGAGGCAAAAGACGCUGAACGGAGAGCCAAGCAGAAGCUGCUGGAGAUCACCAAAACAACAUACCCUCUCAUAGCAGCCUACUCUACUCCCCCUGCUCCCCCUGCUCCUCCUGAAGCAGCCGACUUUGCCUAUGAAUCGUCAUCUACGCGCCUCGACUUCAAGGACUCCGACAUGAAACGGUUGUCUAUGGAGAUCGAGAGAGAGAGGCUGGAGUACAUGGAGAAGAGUAAACACCUACAGGACCAGCUGAAGGAGCUGAAGACAGAGAUCGAAUCUCUGAAGCUGGAGGAGCAGCAGCAACAGGCUGGCCUGUACAACCUCUGCAGUGAAGCAAGGGGAUACGUCCAGGAGCCUGUCUACAUACCUCACAGCAACCGAAACUCUGCGUACAUGUCUCAGAUGGCCUUCUUUGAAGAAGUGUGAUCAGGUCCUGCAAGAUGAGGAAGGAGGGCUCCAGCUGUUGUGACUCCGUGCUUUCUCAAAAUGUUUGGUUAAUUUUUUACCUGGCUGAAAUUAACAGACAGAUACGAACAUACACCAUGACUGUGUGCUUUGGAAAGACUUCAAAACUGUCCUCAACAACAAACCAGCCACUACUUUGGCUGUCAUGCAUAGUUGUACCACCUGUAACACCACAGCACCUUCCACAUGUCUUUUUUAUGUAAUGAACACAUUAACAUGUGCCGUGUAUCUAACGCUGUUCUAGGAUAUGGUGCGGAAAAUGACUACGAAUAAGUUUUGAUGUUUUUGUUUGUGGUUUUAAGGGAUACUUAGCUGUAAGAUGAUCUGAAAUAGAAGCACGCCUUAAAGACAAGUUAUACGUGAAUGCCUUCACUGCGUUUUGGGACAGGGAUUAAAUUCGUUACAAACCGGAGUUCGGCAAUGCAUAAAUUAUCUUUUUAGUUAGAUUGUGUAAAUAUGGAAGCUUUUGGUCAUUUUCUUUCAAAUCAAGCUUGGCUUUAGUUCAAAGAAACCAACUUUUGUGAUCAUACAUUUACCAAGCUAUUGUUAAAUGUAGCUCCGAAUGCUAAAAAAUACACUAAAGAUAACUCUUAAUCAAUGAUACCUAAUGUGAAAAUUAACAUUGUGAUCUUGCUCAUAAAAGUAAUUUGUCAAAGUAGUAAUUGCAGCUCACAGAAGUCUAAACUUGACGAGCAGACGUGUGCAGGGACAGUGUCCAGAUGUGUGGCUCCAUAAAAAUGUAAAAUGCUGUGUUUGAUCUUUAGUUUGGGCUUUCAUUUGUAUUUGAUUGCUCUUUCUGUUACCUGGUUCAUAAGCUGCCUCUACUGAUAACAGUACACAGAUGCGUUUUAUUGUUUCUAGUGCCUCAUCAUGGUAAUUAAUCGAAAUGUAGUGUACAGUUACAGGCUUAAGCUCUGCCAUUUCAAGUUUCUAUAAUUUGUACUCUAGACUGUUGAUGUGCCUUGAACUUUAUUUUUUACUGUUAGGAUUUGAGUUACUACGGUUUUAUCACUGUACUCAUGUGUCUUAGGGUUACUUUAAGUUUGGGGGUGAUGCCAUAGCCUGACUGAUUCACAGAACAGCAUAUUGAUGGCCUGUUUUUGAACUCCGCUCAUGUACUUCUCAGGGUUAGUGUUGGAGACAAUCACAGGUAGAAUCUCAUUGUUUUCCCCCACUGAGAUACACAGACUGGUAAUGUUUACCUUUUUGAACCGGCUAUUUUUAUUGAACCUGCCUAAGUCCAGUAGUAAUUCACAUGGUAAACAUUGUUUGCCGUCAGUGGUUGCGCUGCAUUUCAUGAAUAUAGAGGUUGGUAACAUGAGUGAACUUUUAUUGUACUACACUCCUCAUUACAUCCUCAUAAAGGGAGAGGCUGGAUGCAGAAUGUACAGCCAGAGAUUCUGCAUGUUUGGACUGGCCUAUUAGACUGGCUUCAUUAUGGACUGAACAGUGACAUAUGAUUGGUUCAUUAUUGCCCUCACGAUUGGUUUCUGAAUGAGGACUAAUCUUGGUCUUGUGUAAAUGGUAUUGUGUCAAAUGUCCAAGUGGAAAUGUUUUUUGUUCAUCAACACAUUGCUUAAGUGCUUCAGUUUGCAUCUUUAACCUUAUUUAUUUGUGCUAUAAAUCCUUCAAUAACAUCA